GUGCGCGGCGCGAGGAGGAAGUGCGCGGCGGGGCGGGCGGAGGCCGCAUGGCGGCCGCCCAGCAGGCGCGGGCCGGAAAGGGAACAGCGGUGUGGGCCUGAGCGGCGACGGCGGCCCAUGGGGAAGUACUGUGCCAGCCUGGGCGUCCUCAAGGGGCCCUGGGACCAGGUCUUCGCCGCCUUCUGGCAGCGCUACCCUAACCCCUACAGCAAACAUGUCCUGACCGAAGACAUCGUUCACCGGGAGGUGACGGCGGACCACAAGCUGCUCUCCCGGAGGCUCCUGACCAAGACCAACCGGAUGCCCCGCUGGGCAGAGCGCUUCUUCCCGGCCAACGUCGCCCACUCCGUCUACAUCCUGGAGGACUCUAUUGUGGACCCCAAGAACCGAACCAUGACCACAUUCACCUGGAACAUCAACCAUGCACGUCUUAUGGUGGUGGAGGAGCGCUGUGUAUACCAAGUGAACCCAGAGAACAGCAACUGGACCGAGGUUAAGCGGGAAGCCUGGGUCUCUUCCAGCCUGUUUGGUGUCUCACGGGCUGUCCAGGAAUUUGGUCUGGCCAGGUUCAAAAGCAAUGUGACCAAGAGCACCAAGGGAUUUGAAUAUGUGCUAGCGAGAAUGCAAGGAGAAGCUCCGUCCAAAACGCUGGUGGAGACAGCCAAGGAAGCAACUGAGAAAGCCAAGGAGACAGCUCUGGCUGCUACAGAGAAAGCCAAGGACUUGGCAAGCAAGGCAGCCACCAAGAAGAAGCAGUACGUGUGAGGGGCCCAGCACAGGUGGGCAUCGGCUGCACCAGAACAGAUAGGAAGCCUCCCUAGAUUUUAUAUUUUUAAACAAACUGUAUAAGUCUGACAAUCAGCUGCUGUUAGAUCCUCUCUGAGAUGUAAUUAUCAUUAAAGAAUCUGUUCCCACCUCUGA